CGCUACGGUUGGGCGCUACGAGCUUCCAGCUACGAAACGGCGACAACUAGGCGAUAUGUUGCGGCGGUCGGUCGUGUUUCUGGCACUCUUCGUCUACGUGCAAGGGCGGGCGGUGAACAUCAGCAACACAUGGGUACUCCCGGAGGAAGGUUUCCCUGUGUUCUACCGCUACUUCAGGGACCGCAUAUCCUGGUAUGAAGCUGAUGCCGUCUGCCAGUUCCACCAUGCCAACCUCGUCACAGUGGAUACUACCGCUCAAUACGACGCCGUGCGAGCUUACCUCAAGGAAUUGGACAUUACGAGUGCCGUGUGGGUCGGUCUCAUACGCAGCAAUCCUGACGGCGAUUUCACUUGGACGGACUAUCGAGGUCUAAGCGGAGAUGGUUAUUGGAGCUCAGCACCUGAUGCUCGCACUGCCCCAUUGUGUGCUGCAGCAAACCCUUCCGCUGACUACCGUUGGGAAGCACGUGCUUGUGGUGGACCCACUGUCGCUUCAUUUAUUUGCGAGUUACCAGUACCACAAUGGGCUCUUGGUAACGAGGGUUGCAUGAUACGGGCGCUACCAGCACUAACAAUAUUGUAUCUCCCUGAAAGCGCCGCGGUUCAACUUACAGCAGAUUGUGGUUUAGCCGGUGUGAAACGUGUUCAAUGCACAGGAAAUGUAAAACGUGAAGAUUUGUUGAAAGAAUUAUCAUGUACCGAAGAAGAAGAGGUUUCAAGUACUCCUGGAGUGGCUGGCUUAACCACCACGUGGGUUUCAACAACAGACCGUUUCACAGAUGAAGACGCAACCAAAGAUAUUACUACUGAGGAUAGCAUUACUACUGAACACGAAGACGAUAUAAAUCAGUCCACUAUAGUAUCAGCUACUCCGAUUCCAGAGAUUGUGAAUAUUGAGAAAAAACCAAAUACUUACUUUUUAAAUACUAAUAUUGUAAAUGAUAUGAAUUUGAAAAAAAAUGUGGACAUAGAUGUUAUUCAUGACAACAAUCUUCAAAGUAACAUGGUUCCUGAGAUACCAAUUAAAGUAAAUUUCUUAACCAACGAACAGUUAGAGAAAAUAGAAGAUGAAAAACAUAUGCAACACAAGAUGCUACAUGAAGAAAUAGCGCGGCUCGGAAACUUGGAUAAAAUCUUCACUCAACCUACUGAUCAUUUUGUACCACCUCUUGUGAUGGCUAAAGCUAAGCUUAGCGAUGAUAUGACUGUAUUGUCUUUAGCAGAAAAGCAUGCGCAACAACUUGCUGUACAGCAAUUUACCAAACACAAUUUGAGAAAUAAAAAUGUAGAUUAUUCCAUUGCCAAUGGAAACGAUCUAACUACACUAAAACCAGUCAACAAAGUAAUCGACGUGAUAACCCACACUGAUCUGAAAACAAGGAUUGAUGAAAAAAAAGAAAAUAUAAAACAUACUGUACCAAAAAAAUACAACGAAAAGUUCGAUGAUCCGAAAACAAAAUUAUUAAAAGCACCAGAAAUUAAAUUAUACGAUUUCCGUAAAACAACCGUAAUUAUUCCAGUUCAAACGGAGCUGACAGUCAAAGAUGUAUAUUUUAAAACAAGCACCGCAAGACCCAUAAUCCAAGAAGCAGUAGCAGAUAGUGAUGAAGACCAUAUGAUAGAUUUGACGGUGUUUUUGAAGGAUGAACCAACGGUUGCUCCCAAACAGAUAAUAAACACAAAUUACUCCGGUGAUAUAUCUAACCUUGAAAUAAUGCAAGAUCUCCCAACGGAAAUUACUAAUCAAACUGAAAAUAAUUUUAGAACAGUGAACACUACGCUUACAAUCAUUAACGAGGGUGUCGCUCAAGAUUUCAAUUCUUCGCAAAAGGUUAUCAUGAAUCACGAAAUAGUUAACAUUACAAUCAUUUCAGAAAAUGAUUCAACUGUAAAUCCAACAGUACUUGAAGUUUCCACGAUGAUGCCUUAUUUCCUAGACGUUUUUCGUAACUCAAGUUCUUCUCCCGAUUUGUCUUUAAAUAAUACCACCAGUAAUGAAGUACACUCCACAACUAACAUGGAUAUUACUCCGUUAGCCAACGUCACUCAACCUCAAAUAGAUUCUACAACCAUUAAUACUAAUAUAAUGAUAUCUUCAGAAAUACCACCUACUAUUUCAAAACAGAAUGAAAUGACUGAUAAAUUUCCAUUUGAAGGAGACUUUAACUUAAGCACAUCAUCAACAACCAGUACAAUAAGUAUUAUUACGGAAAAAACUUCAAAUACCACCACUAUCUUUGGAAUACCUGAGGAACCAUUUGAUAUUCCCAACGAAUUCCACGAAGACGAUAAUCUGAAUUCUACCGAGACCAAAAUUAACGAUUUUCAAUCGCCUCUCCUAUCAGCGGCGAGCGAACCGAUACAUAGACCUAAUCGGUCAAGGAGACCUCAACAGCAGAACCGAAUCAAAUUCAAUCCAUUCCGGAUCUUAGGUUAAGCAUUAAGUUAUCCGUUAUCCAAGAAUUAUUACAAACUGCCCCGCCAAAGAUUAAACAGAUGACUGAUCACACGUAAUCAAACAGAUCACCCGUAAAAAUAAAAAUAUCUUACAGAAUGCACGGAAUAUGUAAAUGAGACAAACGCUAAACAUAAAAAUCAUAUUAUUGUUGGGAAAUAUGUUGCCGCUAAUAGUCAAUUUCAACGUUAGAGUUCGCUUAACUUUUUUGUUUAAUUUAUCUUUAAAACGGCUGAUUGAUUGAUUAAAUAGUUUCCAGCUUCUAUGCUUUAAAAUAGAUUAGGAGAUAGUCAAUUGAUAUUUAAAAAUAAAACUCGUAGCAUAGCUAUGAUAUUAUCAAUAAGAAUUCUAGAAUUUUCCGUAACAAUCAGCAGUGCCAUAAUUUUACCUAGAAUUUUUAAACAAUGGGGGUUAUUCAAAACACUACUUUUUAGAAUUUAAUAUAGACAUAGGUAUUUUCGCAACAUUUUUGUUUUAUUUAUAAUAGGUUGGGGAAAAAGUCU